UUAAGCUCAGGAACAGUUCAGACUAAAGCUGUUCUCUUGUUGUAAGAGCUGAGAGGCGAGCAGCGCCUCAGAGGAGCCACAACAGGAAGACUGACUAACAGGAAGUAAAAAGGAGUUUUUAAAGACACAGCGAGGUGUUGUGUUCUCACUGUCAGUGUGUAGGAGUGUGUGGUGUGUUAUCUGCAGGUGUAAGUGUGGUGCAAGGUUCUGAUGGGAACGUGUGUGUUGUUCUGUAUGAACACACAACAGUAACAACAGCACACAAAUAUUCUGUUAGCACUAACUCAACUCAGAACAUUGGAUUAAUAUUAUAAUUAACUAAUGAUUAAUGAUGAACAUUGACUAAUCGACUAUUAAAACUGAUUAAGUAAAGCUUAGACACAUUAAAGGAUUAAAACAUUGGAAUUAUAACAUGUUUGAGAAACAGCAACAGACAGAAUGUUUUAUUUGUUUUUAUCAACAAAGAGCAAAUCUCUUGAGAACAUGUUCCAUUCCCAGAGGACAGGAGGUCAAAGGUCAACCAAAGGUGAGGUGAGGUGGUGUACCCUACACAUGUGGACCAGUCCUCCUCAUAGCAGCUCAGUGGCUCAGUGGUUAGCACUGUUGCUUCACAGUCUGAAGGUCCUGGGUUUGAUCUGACCCCAGGUCUGUCUGUGUGUAGUUUUUAUGUUCUUCUGGUUCUUGUUUGGGUUUUCUCUGGCUCCUCUGGUUUUCUUCAUCACAGACAUGAUGUCAGGCUGCCUUCAGGUUCAGGGGAUUUAUAAAACAGACCUGUGACCUCAGUGGGGUUAGCCAAUAAUGCUGGAGGAGGUGUUGAACUUCAGCUGAAUUGAUAAAGUUUUGGUUUUACCUGUUUGUGUUUUUCUACAGGUAUGUGAUGAACUUCUACAAGACAGGUCACCUACACGUCAUGGAGGAGCUUUGUGAAAUCUCCUUUCAGCAGGAGAUUGAGUACUGGGGCAUCGAGGAGGUCUUUAUCAACUCCUGCUGCCGUGAGCGUUACCAUCGCCGCAAAGAGCUGAAGGAGUCCCUGGACCUCCACCCAGUGUUUCAGCCUGACAAUGGCGGGGAGGACUUCAUAGGUGCCUUCUGCCCAACUCUGCGCCGGCGCCUUUGGGACCUUCUUGAGAGACCUGAAACAUCUCGAGCAGCUCAGACCUUCGGCUCACUCUCAGUUUUUUUUGUGGUGGUCUCAGUCAUCAACAUGGUGCUGAUCUCACUGGACCUGGAAGAGGACUUUGGCGUGAGCUGGCUGGGCCUGGGCGUGCCGCUCCUGUUGGAUGGCGUGGAGUACAUGUGUGUUGUGUGGUUCACGGUGGAGCUGGUGCUACGCUUCCUGUGCGUCCGAGACAAGUGCCGCUUCAGUCGAAGCAUUCCUAAUGUGAUCGACCUGCUGGCCAUCCUCCCGUUCUACGUGACGCUGGCAGUGGAGAGUCUCCACGGUGGAUCCACCAAGCUGGAGAACAUGAGUCGGGUGGUGCAGGUUCUCCGCCUCCUCAGGUCGCUGCGCAUGCUGAAGCUCAGCCGACACCUGACAGGUAAACACUCCAGGUUUGGUCCCAACUUGUAUCCACAAGUCCAACACAAGGCUGUCCUGGUUCAAUCCAACACAAGGCUGUCCUGGUUCAGUCCAACACGAGGUUGUCCUGGUUCAAUCCAACACAAGGCUGUCCUGGUUCAGUCCAACACGAGGCUGUCCUGGUUCAUUCCAGCACGAGGCUGUCCUGGUUCAGUCCAACACAAGGCUGUCCUGGUUCAGUCCAACACAAGGCUGUCCUGGUUCAGUCCAACACAAAGCUGUCCUGGUUCAGUCCAACACAAAGCUGCCCUGGUUCAGUCCAACAUGAGGUUGUCCUGGUUCAGUCCAACACGAGGCUGUCCUGGUUCAGUCCAACACAAGGCUGUCCUGGUUCAGUCCAACACGAGGUUGUCCUGGUUCAGUCCAACACGAGGCUGUCCUGGUUCAGUCCAACACAAGGCUGUCCUGGUUCAGUUUGACUUUUUAUUAAAAAUUAUCAGAAACAAUGUGAGACAUCAUGAAUCCAAGAACAAACAUUUGCUUUAAGUAAAAUCACUGACUGACAGUGGAGCUUCUGUGGGCGGGGCCAGAGGCUGAUGAUUCAUGAGGUCCAGAUCCAGACCAGGUUCAGUCCAGAUUCAGACCAGAUCCAUUCCAGGUCAAGUUCAGAUCCAGACCAAAUUCAGAGAAGAUCCUGUCCAGAUCCAGACCAGAUGCAGUCCAGAUUCAGACCAGAUUCAGACCAU